AUAAUAACACUCACUCAUUCUAUCUCACGAUCUCAUCCCGGAGAUGGGAACCAUUUGCUCCUCCGGAGCUCGCCCCGAUCCCAAUCCCAAUCCCAAUCCCCAUUUCCCUCUCCCCCACCCUCCUCCUCCUCGUCCUCCGGAUCCCUCGCCGGCGCCGGCGAUGCCGGCGCUUCCCUACUCCCAUGUCGAUGCCAACCUCCGCUCCCUCGCUGGCCAGGCUGAAGGUUUUGGCCGCCACGCCAUCGGCGGUCUCCAUGGCCCGAUCUACUACGUCACUUCUCUCGCCGAUGAUGGCCAUGGAUCUCUCCGCUAUGGAUGCCGUAGAAAGGAGCCGCUAUGGAUCGUCUUUGAGGUUUCUGGGACGAUUCAUCUGUCUUCUUAUCUUAGGGUUUCGUCUUAUAAGACGAUCGAUGGGCGUGGGCAGAGGAUUCGGUUGACGGGGAAGGGAUUGCAGCUCAAGGAGUGCGAGCAUGUGAUUGUUUGCAAUUUGGAGUUUGAAGGUGGGAGAGGGCAUGAUGUUGAUGGGAUUCAGAUCAAACCUAAGUCUCGGCAUAUCUGGAUUGAUCGCUGUAGCUUGCGUGAUUAUGAUGAUGGCUUGAUUGAUAUCACAAGGGAGAGCACUGAUAUUACGAUUUCUAGAUGUCACUUUGGACAACACGAUAAAACAAUGCUUAUUGGAGCAGACAGCAGCCAUGUUACUGAUAGAUGUAUGCGGGUCACAAUUCAUCAUUGUUUUUUCAAUGGGACACGACAGCGCCAUCCCCGUGUUAGAUUUGGUAAAGUUCAUCUUUACAACAACUACACAAGGAAUUGGGGCAUCUAUGCAGUUUGUGCUAGUGUAGAGUCACAGAUCCACUCUCAGUGCAACAUAUAUGAAGCAGGGCAGAAAAAGGUGGUUUUUCAGUACUACACAGAGAAGGCUGCAGACAAAGAAGAAGCUGUGGCUGGAUGGGUAAGGUCUGAAGGUGACCUUUUUCUAAAUGGUGCCCAGCCCAACCUUUUAGAAGGUGUCGGUGUAGCAAGUGUGUUCAAACCUCAUGAACAUUACCCGACAUGGACAAUGGAACCGGCAUCCAUGGCACUUAAAGACACUCUCCAAGUCUGUACAGGAUGGCAAUCCAUAACAAGGCCUCCAGAAAACUAAGCUAUGAGAAAUGCUUUCCAUCUGGAGAGAUUGUGCCUACAAAUAAGAGUUCUGGGGGUACUUAGCCGAGAGAGGACGUAGACAUGGUAUGUUUGUGUUUGGUACCCAGUGCUCUAAUCUUUCUGUGCUUGUGUUGGUUUGAUGAGCUAUAUAUUUAAAUAUUAUCUAUCUUUGACCUGUCUACCUGUAUAUUAUUAGUAAGUUCUAUACUGGGGCUGAGCUUAUGUAUAUAUACUUAGUUGAGUUCUUGCAUGUCUCGAAAACCAUAGUUUUUAUUGGAUUAAAUGAAUGGUUCAAAGUCUUUAUUGGAUUAA